UGAAAACUCAUCCUUUUUCCUUGUAUUUGCUAAAAAAAAGGUACGGAUCCAUUCAAUGACAAAUGGGUCCAUCCAUGGAAACCAGAGUUACCGAAUAAGUAGGCUGUAUAGUAGAGUUUUGGUUACAAGUAAACCAAUGCCAACCAAACAAAGCAAAGACAUUUCUCUUUCUUAUUCUCGGACAACCCUAUUCCCCUUUUUGCCACCCAGAGCUUCACUGGUCCUUCCUGCGCAAAGAGGUAAUGAUACCGGCAGUGGUGGUGAUGCGAUAGAUAUGGUGAUGGGGAUGGUGCCGUUGAUGGAGAGUUGGUGUUGGUGUCAGGGAUAUGCGUGGUUGUGUUGCCUGGGCCAUUGAUGUUAGUAGUUGCAGAAACUAAUGUGCAUGGAAAGGAGGUGAGGAAAUGGAUGAUAAUUCCUCCAUCAGCAAUGAUAGUUUGAGGGCUAACUGGACUCCAUCCCAAGACAAGUACUUUAUUGGCCUUUUGCUAGACCAAGUACAGAGAGGGAAUAAAACUGGCCAUAUAUUUAGCAAACAAGCAUGGGCAGAGAUGAUUGCACGGUUUAAUACACAUUUUAGAUUUAAGUAUGAUACAGAUGUUCUGAAAAACCGAUACAAGCGAUUUAGGAAGCAAUACAAUGAGAUAAAAAUUCUUGUUGAUCAAAGUGGGUUUAAGUGGGACGAAACACGACAUAUGGUAACAGCUGAUGAUAAUGUAUGGGCGGAGUUCGUCAAGGCCCACCCUGAUAUGCUACCAUACAGAGCAAGAGUUGUGCCACACUAUAAUGAGCUGUGCAUAAUAUGUGGGCAUGCAGUUGCUGAUGGAAGAUACAGUCUUUCUUGUUUCGACAUAGACUUUGCCAAUGAAGCAGAAACAACAAAUGUUAAACCUACAACUAGUGACGAUCAUUCAAAAAUUGACUGGUCGCAGACCAUGGACCAAUUUUUUGUUGAACUAAUGCUCGACCAGGUGCAUAAAGGGAAUAAAACUGGCCACACUUUUAAGAAGAAAGCUUGGGCAGGCAUGGUCACAUCAUUUAAUACGAAAUUUGGCUUCCAUUAUGGUAGGGUGGUGUUGAAAAAUCGAUAUAAUAUCUUGAGGAGGCAUUAUAGUAGCAUAAAGAUUCUGCUCACUCAAAAGGGGUUUAGUUGGGAUGAAACACAACAAAAAGUGGUAGCUGAUGAGUGGCUCUGGAAUAAGUACAUCAAGGCACAUCAUAACUUUCGGAUGUACAGAAAUAAAGUAAUGCCAUAUUAUUCUGAUAUGUGCAUCAUAUGCGGCGCCGAAGCCACAACUAUGAAAAAUAAUACACCAUGUUGCAAGUCACGUCUUGAGGAGGAAACCCAUGGGAAGAAGAAUAUUAAUGGAAAAGCUUUGAUUAUCAGUAAUGCAGAUGUUGCAGACAAUGCAGGUGAAGAAGCAUUGCAUUCAUGUGGUGAUAAGAAGCAGUACAAAACCAGAAAAAACAAGGAAGCAAUAUAUUCAGGUGGUGACAAGAAGCACCAUUCAUCCAGAAAAAUAGAAGCAGCACUACAUUCAGAUGGUGAUAAGAAUGCAAGUGAACAACAGAAAAGGCUUCAACCUGAGAUGUGUAAACAAACAUUUCGACAGUCUAAAAAAGCAAAAAGAAUCCAUGAUGGUAUGGCUAAUGCUCUAAGGGAGAUGACAGUUGUGGUUACAUCAUUUACAAAGAAACCAAAGAAAGAGAACUCUAUUUUGAUUGAGGACGUGGUUGAUGUGCUUCAGGCUAUGCCGGACAUGGAUGACGAUCUAUUGCUGGAUGCCUGUGACUUCUUGGAGGAUGAGAAAAAAGGAAGGAUUUUUUUAGCAUUGGAUGCCUCUCUACGAAAGAAGUGGUUAAUGAGGAAGCUCCGUCAACAGUGAUUUUUUUUGGUUUUUUCCUUCUUUCCUCCUCCCCAUUUAGGGAUGAUCAUAAAGCCAAUUCAAACUCGAGAUUAUCUGGGACAUGGUAAUCUUGGCCACCAAUCAUCUCUCUGGUAAAGAGAUGUUUUUUUUUUUUUUUUUAAAGGAAAGUUGAAACUUUCAUUAAUCAUGAC